CGUGCUACACUUUUUGAAGCAGUGUUCGUGUACCGCACGUUUAGAUUUGGCACGUCAGCCACUUGACUGCAUCUAUAUACACCUGUAACUCCGAAGAAAACACUCGGUAUUUCUUCUUGUUUUAUUCUAUUUCUUCGAAAAUCAUUCGCGUUACGUCGCUGUUUCGGUCGCGCGAAGAAAUCCGAUCAAUCGGUACUUCGCAUUGUCAACCUUGUAUGAACUUUGCAUCGCUCUCGUCAUCGUCCAAAAAUACCGGUCGACGAUAGAACACAGUCGAGCGGAAAACACACACCGGCGAAUCAGUGAUCGCGCUCUGUUUGAAGACGAGCGAGAUCGUGUCACUACCUCGCCACGAUGGACAAGCACAAUUUCAAGGUGGGAAACGACCUGGAACUGCCACCGCUUCGCACCUUGGACGACUUCCUGUUGGAAUCCGCACGCUUCCAGCUGCCGAAUCUCAAGGACUUUGAGAAAUGGGGCAAACGCGUGGUCAACAAUCUUCUGUAUUAUCAGACCAAUUACAUGUUCAUGUCCAUCGUCAUCUUUCUGAUCGUUGGAUUGAUUCAUCCAGUUAAAAUGUUACUUGGCACUAUAUACAUGUUGAUAAUGCUGGGUGUAUUUGCCUAUGUAUCCAUGGAAGGUAGUGCAAUACAUACAUUUAAAAGGCAACAUCCCUCAGUCGGAAUAUUGGCCAUAGUAGUUGCCGGAUGUUUUGUAACAUAUGCUCUGGGAUCUCUUAUAGUUUUCAUGCUGGGCAUUCUGUUGCCUAUCUGUGCGACGUUUGUACAUGCUUCGCUGAGAUUAAGAAACAUCAAGAACAAGAUUGCAAACAAAAUCGAAAGCAUUGGUUUGACACGUACACCAAUGGGCAUUUUUCUGGAGCAUCUUGAAGAUGUGACGGGUUUUACCUUGCGCGCACAGACAUCACUCAUGCAAUCUUCACUCAUGCAGCCUCACUAAUAUUCUGCUUUCGAAUUGUACAGUAGAUUAAUGAGAACAGUGUUUCUUAGUAACCAUUAAUAUUUAUCGCUCUUAUUGCUCUAAUCGAAGUGCGGUGUUUGGCGCGGUACUUUAUCAUGACGAGAUGAAUUUUGUGAUACAUUUUAGAAAUUGUUUAAAUUGUUAUUUUUUUUCUCUUUAACAUUACAAGUAAAAUAAUUUAUAUAUCUACUCCAAUUUGACAUAUUUACUAAUAUACCAAAUAUUGUUUGUUAUAUUUCUGUGAAAUACUUAUAUUGACACUAUUUGUAAUGUGAGAAUAUAUAUAAGUUUUAAGUAACGUAUUGUAAAGUUAAAAAAAAAAAAAAAUACAAUUCGAACAUAC